CCAAUCUCUCUCCGCGGAUAAAUAGUUGAGGUUCGAUGUUAAAGAAGGUAUAUUGUUGGAUGUCCUAACUUGGUGGAAUUCAUUCUCAUCGGUUCUUUUACCGAUUCUCGGACAUCUUCCCGGCACCAUCGGGACCGUUUUCCGACUGCCAUGAAGGCUUCCAUUUGUUUCUGAAAGGAGAGAAGAGGAGGAGGAGCAGCAGCAGCAUCAGCACUGGUUUUUCUCAUCGUAGUAGAGGCACUCUUCACCUCGCGUCGCAGCAGCAGCCUCGUGCUUUGCAUCUGUCUACAGACAUAGUCUCCCCUCCUUGCUGUGAAAGCUCCACUGAUUGUCCUCCACAACUCGCCCCCAAGCAGCGGCCUUCACAUCUUCAGGUUUUCAUCUUUGUCAAGGCUUCAAAGCCCGAUCGUGCCUGUGGGGUCGUAACAAAAUUUUGAUCAGGAUAUUGGAGAGAAUCGUGGAGACUGGUAGUGACUGGCACGAGAACAUCCAUGGCACUCUGUUGGUAGGUGAUUUCCUAGGCUCAAUACCUGUUUGUUGAAAUUCCUCGAGGAAAUAGCUGCCGCUUGCCAGGAUUUAUGUGGAAAGACCCUUUCUUGUUGCAGGAGGUCAUGAAGAUUAUUAUGCAAAUUUGACAUGAGGAACUAUUUGGGUUGAGAAUUCGUCAUUGCAAUUAGUUGCUAUCCAAGUGUUUGCUGAAAUAAUGUCCUGCUUGGUCACUCCCUGCUGGUUUUCUUGGAGAGAUAUGUCGUUGGUACGUGAGAAUAUGGCGUCGACUGGUGAACUCAGACAUCGCAAUGCCUAUAGAUUUAUCCACAUGGUCGUCAGAAAACCUGCGUCGGGCUCUAAAAGAAAGGUCCCAAAAAAUCUUCGAUAUCCCCGACGAGCCAAGGUGCCCCCCGAUCCUGAUAUUGAUAGGAUGCGCAGGAGAAAGCAGCUAGCAGAUACCGGCCCGAGCACAUCAGUGGAGGAGGAGGAUGAUUCUUGGAGCGAAGAGGCACUGGACGCAAUUAGUUCACUCUUUCAAGGAAGAGUACCACAGAAACCAGGGAAAUUGGGGAGGGAGAGGCCUCUUCCCCUGCCUGUGCCAUUCAAAAUUCGGCCAUUGGGAUUGCCAACGCCAAAAGAUCACAUUAGAUCAGUUGCUUCGUCGCUAGCUUCCUCUAGAUCAUCACUUUGCAAAAGAGUUUAUAAAAAUCCCACUUUCCUCAUUGAGCUCGCUCGCGAAAUCAGAGACCUUCCACCAGAGAAAAAUGUGUCCAAAGUCCUCGACAAGUGGAUUGCUGUCCUUAGGAAAGGCUCACUGUCCAUGACAAUCAGAGAGCUGGGCCAUAUGGGAUUGCCACAGAGGGCACUAGAAACAUUUUGCUGGGCCAAGCAGCAUCCUCAGCUCUUCCCUGAUGACAGAGUUCUGGGGUCAGUUGUGGAAAUCUUAGCUAGAUUCUCAAAGUUGAAGAUGCCAAAAGACAUGGAGAAUUUCAUGGGAUCUGCUAGCAAGAGCGUCAUCGAAGCCAUGGUGAGGGGAUUCAUUAGAGCAGGAAAAGAUGGAACUGCUAGGAAACUCCUAUCGAUUGCGAAAGAUGCAGAACGAACUUUGGAUCCAAGCGUCCUCGCCAAACUGAUUGCAGAUGUAGCAAAGAACCCAGAAAAACAGGAGCUUGUUUCUGUGUUGUUGGAGGAGCUAGGAAACAGAGAGGAGCUGAAACUGAAACAACAGGACUGUACUGCACUAAUGAAGGUCUGUACAAAGUUAGGAAGAUUUGAAGCUGCAGAGAGCCUGUUUACCUGGUUUAAGAAUUCUGGACAAAAGCCAAGUGUUGUUAUGUAUACCACACUUAUUCACAGCAGGUACAGCAGCAAAAGGUACAGGGAAGCAAUGGCUGCUACAUGGGAGUUGGAGGAGUUGAACCAUUUGCUGGAUCUGCCUGCUUAUCGUGUUGUCAUUCGACUUUGUGUAGCUCUAGAUGAUCUUCCCAGGGCUGUUAGAUAUUUUUCUAGACUUAAGGAAGCAGGGUUUUGUCCAACAUAUGAUAUUUAUCGUGACAUGAUCAAGCUUUAUGCACAGAAUGGUAGGGUAGCCAAGUGCAAGGAAGUAUCUAAAGAAGCUGAAUUGGAAGGAUUCAAACUGGACAAAGAAACAACAUCCCUUCUCCAGAUAAAAGGGGAACUGGGUCCUCUUCGCAGUUCUACAUCAUGAGAUGUUUGGCUUGAAUCGUGAGUGUCUGCUUAAGUUGAUGACAGUCAUUUAUAGUUUCUAACGGAUUACUGAGGUGAGAUUUCAUGGAGCUGUCACUUGCGGGCAUGGGUGAUCACCCCCCUUCAGAAAUGGAUGUCACCUUCUAAAAAAUGGCUGAUGAACUCCUGCUAGCAAUAUAACACUUUUCCAUUGGACACCUUUGAGCAGUGAAUGCUUUUCUAAGUACAGGAAGCUUGCUGGAUAGAAAGAAGAGAAUGUAUUUGGUCAUGAAUCUCAUGGCCUGCUACUAGCGGUGGCAGAAUCAGUUUUUUAAGCUAUAUGCAACAGAGGAUGACACCAGAUACUGGUGGAUGGGUGUAUCACUCUGUAAUGAAACAGCUAUGAGCCAUCCUGUUGUUCUUUUUUUGUCCCCUUCAGAGAUGCAGUUCCAAAUGAUCACGUCUCCUUGACCUGAAAGCCAAGUUAUCUACACAAACUGGUAGCAUUGAGAGGAAAUGAUCUUGAAAUUGUCAAGUCAGCUGUAGAAGAGAAGAAAAAUGUUUGAACUUGUCAACAAUGUUAUAAAAGGCGUAGUGUAUCGCGUAUCGGUCGGGCCGGCCUAUACGCCAUAUCGUAACGUAUCGCAAAUAGCGUAUCGUAAAAUUAAUUUUGUAAUUUUAAAAAAUAUUUAAAAAUCAGAAAAAAUAGAGAAAAAUCAUUAAAAAUCUGAAAAAAUGAACAAAAAAUCAGAAAUCAAGAAAAAAGUAUUCAAAUAUAAAAAAGAUCAUCAUACAUAAGGAACAUUCAUGUGUAACAACAACACAUUCAAAAAUAAGAAAUUAGAUAUUCAAAAUAACAUAAUAAGCAUCCAUCACAAUUUUAAACUUGAAAAUUUUAUAGAAUCUUAAGACUUAGAGUUUUAGGACUUAGAUUACAUCACAAUUUUAUAAGUUCAAAACAUAUAGUUAUCAUCUUUCAUGAUUUAACGAUAAUAUCUCCCAAAUCGAUGAAUCCUUGGUUAUUUUUUAUGAAAAUGGACAAAAUCUCUCCCUCCUACGUCUCUUGGAGUCUUUAAAUAAAAGAAGAGAGAGAGGGAGGAGUGUUUAAACUUUAAAAAAUAAAAAAAUUUGUGUUUUAACCCGUAUCAUAAGAUAUGAGGGUGUAUCGCCCGUAUCAUAUGAUAUGGGCGAUACGUUUGCGAUACACGAGCAUAUCGGUUAUCGCAAGCGUAACGUAUAGGUUUUUCCGACCUGUACGAUACGUAUUGUGCGUAUCGUACGAUAUGGAUAGCAUUGCUUGUCAAUCACUUAUUCAUCAUGACAUGGCGAUGGGGGCUCACCUCGCGUUUGCUUUUCAAGGGACAAACCCAUCAAGUAGUUUGGUUUUUGGAGUGUCCUGAGGUAUUCAAAUGCCCUACAGAAGUAGAGUACAUAUUUUUUCUUUAUAUCCUGGGUGUUUUACAUGGACCGAUGAGGAAUUCAAGCUCUAGUUUUCAUCAUUUUCGAACAUAUUUGUUCUAUUAAGUUCAUUUAUAUCUUUCACUUUAUUUGUCAUUGACAAUUGUUUUACCUUGGUUUAUUAUGAUCCUUCAACUUUGAAGCUUUUGUUAAUGCAAUUUUAGUUUAGUGAUUUCUUGGAGAAAUUGACAAUUGCUGUGUCACUUAGGGGGCAUUUGGUAGUUUCAGAUUUGAAAUUCAUGGAUCUGAAGUGUAAGAUAAUUGAAAUUUUUAUACUUAAAGCAAAGGGCAUUUUUUGUUGGUUACUGUUUGAAGUUUUUUAUUUGAUUUAUGGGAUAACUAAUGUAAAAAUUUCAUGAAAUUAUUUAUCUUUUGGUUUGAAAAAUCAAAACUCCUUCCCCCCUUUCCUUGCUAUCAACAUCAUGCCAAUAUGAUCAUCCCAUAGUAUAGGUUAUGUAUUAUGAAAUUGGAAGUUCUAAAUUUCUUUGUUAGGUUGUGUUGAGAACUGCAAGGUGACUGUUACUGAUUUCAGAAGUAACUUAGUAACAGAUGAGUGUUCGAUUUAUAUACAUAAAGAGUGUGCUGGCAAAGAUAUGAAAAAGUGAAGCAUAUGUUUGUAGAGAUUUGGUUUUUGAAGGAGAGUUUGUUGUGCCUACCUUACGGGGAGUUGUAUUCUUUCUAAUAUUUUUGUUUCAAAGUAGCUGCUAAUUUGGUUAUAACGCCAGCCAAGGAUGACUGGGUUCAUCCUGAUAAACUUUGAUGCUCUAGCUUUCUGUUGUGGUUGCUAUGGUCAGUUAAUAUGAUUUUGUAUGUCUAAAUUGAUCUUUGAACUUGAGCAGUGAGAUCAUCGGGCCUUUAGGUUGUUUUUCUGUUACUUCAUCUGAUGUAUCACCUUCACUGAGCAUCCUAUGGUUGAAUUGUUUGUGGUAAUGGAUCUGUAGUUCUGUAA